GUCAAGCGCGGAGCCGCAAGUGGAAAGUGGAUGAGAGGGAUCAGCUCCGCCGCCAGCAGCUUCACUUUACACCCCGGUAUCUCCCUAACUCCGGGAUUCGCACGAUGAACGGGCUGGGGAUCUCGCCGAAGAAUGUGUCGCUGGGGGAAGCGGAGAAGCUCCCUGAGCGGCGACUCUGGGUGACCAGCGCCCUGGCCAGCGUGCUCAUCUUCACCAUCGUGGUGGACCUUGUGGGCAACUCGCUGGUAAUCGUCUCCGUGUUGAGGAACAAGAAGCUGCGAAAUGCAGGUAACGCCUUUGUGGUGAGUCUUGCCAUUGCUGAUCUUGUCGUGGCGAUCUACCCAUUUCCCCUCAUUCUAACAGCAAUACUUCACAAUAGAUGGGUGCAUGGCUACAUCCACUGUCAAAUGAGUGGGUUCCUCAUGGGGCUGAGUGUGAUCGGCUCCAUUUUUAACAUCACCGGCAUUGCAAUCAACAGAUAUUGUUACAUCUGCCGUGGUAUGAAAUACAACAAGAUCUUCAGCCACCGAAGCACCCUCUGCUAUGUGUUACUGGUCUGGAUGUUUGCGUGUGUAGCGAUCAUUCCCAAUCUCUUUGUAGAGUCGCUGCAGUAUGAUCGCCGGAUAUACUCCUGCACUUUCGUUCAGUCAGUCAGUUCUCUCUACACUGUGACCGUGGUAGUCAUUCACUUCAUUCUGCCGAUCAGCAUCGUCUCGUAUUGCUACCUACAUAUCUGGAUCUUUGUCAUCCGGGUCAAGAGGAGAAUUAAACCCGAAAACCGAUCCAGAAUAAACCCCCACGACUUCAGGAACUUCCUGACGAUGUUUGUGGUGCUCGUGCUCUUUGCCAUUUGCUGGGCGCCGUUGAACUUCAUCGGCCUGGGAGUGGCGGUUAAUCCAAAGUUGGCAAAGUUGAUACCAGAGUGGCUUUUCGUCGCCAGCUAUUUCAUGGCAUACUUCAACAGCUGUUUGAAUGCUAUAGUGUACGGUGUUUUAAAUCACAACUUCAGAAGGGAGUAUAAACAAAUAAUAAUAGAAAUUAUCAAUCUGUUUUGUUAAGAUAAUGUGCUGCUGUUCAGAAUGUAACAUGGAGAAUCAGCCCUGUAUGAAGCUUUUCAAAAAGGGGGGUGGCAUGACAGAAUUACAAAACUUUUAUGUGAAAUAAUGUGCGCGCAGCACACAUCACGAGCGUGAAGCUCUUUGCGGCCGAGGUCCAGUGCCCCCUUAAGGGCCCUGGAAGCUCUGGGGUUUUAGAUGUUCUCUGGUGCAUUCUGAGCCUUAUUUUGGAGCAUUUUUGCACCAAAUUUAUGACCCAUAUUACAGAAAUAAUUUUG